AUGAAAGAUCUUGGAGAUCUCCAUUAUUUUUUGGGCAUUCAAGCAACCAGCACCUCUGCUGGCUUAUUUUUAUGUCAACAAAAAUAUUUGUUUGAUCACUUGCAUCGCUUCUCUUUAUCAUCUACCAAUGUUGUCAAAACUCCUAGUGUUAGUAAGACUUCUUCAUCAAUCAUGGAUGGUGAUUUACUUGCUGACCCUUCCACGUAUAGAAGUAUGGUGGGUGCUCUUCAAUAUUUAACUAUGACUCGACCUGACAUUGCUCAUUCAGUUCAUGUUGUUUCUCAAUUUAUGAAUGCACCACGCACUGCUCACUUGCAACCUGUCAAGCGAAUUUUUCACUAUUUGAAGGGUACUCAACGUUAUGGUUUGUAUCUGCGGGUCUCCUCAGAUUGUUCACUUACUGUCUACACGAAUGCUGACUGGGCAGGCUGUCGUGAUAGUUGUCGCUCCACUACUGGUUAUGCUGUGUUUUUGGGCCCCAAUCUCAUUUCUUGGAGAGCCAAGAAACAACCUAUAGUGUCUCGGUCUUCCAUUGAAUUUGAAUAUCGGGCAGUUGCAUAUGCUGUAGCUGAAUCUGUGUGGCUGCGACAACUUCUCAAAGAUUUUGGUGUUUUUGUUCCUCAUCCUUUCAAAAUCUUGUGUGACAAUGUUAGCGCCAUCUACUUGACAGCAAAUCCAAUCCUUCAUAAACGGACCAAACAUAUUGAUGUUGAUAUAUUGAUGUUGAUUAUCAUUUUGUUCGAGAAUGGGUUUUGCGUCGCGAUAUCAUUGUUCUAUUUGUUCCGUCUCAACAUCAACUUGAAGAUCUCUUUACCAAAGGCCUCUCCUCCCCACGUUUUCAGUUUCUUCGCAACAAUCUGUCCUUGGUUCCCUUACGUCCAGAUUGAGGGGGCGUAUUAG